UAUUUUCGAGUUUCGUUCGACUUUCGUCUUUUCUGAUGGAAAUAAAAACAAAAAUAAACUAAGGAAAAUCUUAAUUUCCUUUUGUAUAAGAACUUUGAAAACCCACACAGAGUUUUCACAGCAAACUACAAAAACGCAAUUAAAAUAUAAAAUGGACUCAGACGCUGAAGUGGAUGGUAAUUCGGGAGAUGAAAAUAAUAUUGAAGAGAACUCAGAAGAGUCUCCACAAGUUCUUGCUACUGGAUCACGAAGCAAUAUCGAUAUCGAGCCUCCGAUUGUUUCGAUCCAGAGACCUGGAACUCAGAAUGCAACUACACGCAGAGAUUCAAGCAGCAGCAGGAGGAGGCACAGUGAGCCCAAUCGGAAUGAUACCAGCUCGUCUUCAGACGACGACGACAACGAUGGAGAACCAAGUUACUCCAUACCUUGGGAGCCUGUUGAAGCUGCUCACAUUUCUGACUCAGAAUUUGAAAUCGAAAUUGAGCCUGACGAGCGAGAUCUUACCGAACUUGUAGCACUGGAACGUUAUUCUAAUCUGGACGGUGAAGAUGCCUCCGAUGCAGAUGCCGAGGAGCGAGCUCGUUCAAACGAAGUUCGUUUCGACACAAAUCUCCCCGCCGAACACACGUAUCUCGGGAAUAAUAUGAAUCGCGUCUCAGGAGUCGAGUAUUUGGAAACAGGACGAAUACACAAAAUAAUGCUCUUCAUGCAUCAACACAUCGUUUUCCCCGGCGAGGUGCUGCCAUUCAUGAUUCCCGGAUUUAUAAUUGACUCGGACAUAGAUUCGGACAAUGGUUUGUUGUUUGGGGUGGCGUUUGGUCAUGUGCGUUGUCCCAAAACGCAAGCCAUGUACGGAGUCACUUGCCAGAUCUACGAAAAGGGAACAGAUGAACGUGGCAAUACGCUAAUUAAGUCGAGAGCACUGCAGCGAUUUAUCACAGCCAAUGACACAAGAAGAGAGCAUUUAGAAUACAUCACAUCAAGACCACAGCUAAAAACCUUUGGCCAUGUUAAAAUCCUACCUGAAAUCAGCCUACCUGACCCCCUGGCAUCGAUCAACAUAGGCAGCAUGAACAGGUUUCGAGAUAUACCCGGACUAGCCGGCUAUUUGACUGAUUUCCGAGCUACAUCAACAAUUUGGCCAAAGCAUGUCUUCAAUCAGUUCACCAUCGGGACAAUUAUACAAAAAGUACUCAAAUCUCUUGAAACAAACAAAGUGCAAUCCAUGCCAACUGACCCCACAAGGCUAUCCUUUUGGCUAAGUCGCAAUGCUCAUAUAUCCGAAGAUCAAUUGAGCAAGAUUUUCAUGACUGAUUGUGUAAAUAUCCGGAUGAGGAUGAUUGCUGAUUCGUUUAGUGACGGCUCCGUAUUUGUUUGUCGAGUUUGCCGCAAUCCCAUCGCACAUUGUCGGGAGCUGUUUGCGAUGUCAAAACAUGGCGUCCAAUCACAGUACUGCAACUCAUCUGGAUAUAUACACGAGACAAAUACGGUGUAUAAAGUGUUUCCAAAUGCUAUCACAUUUAGCGGCGAGCCUUCAAGUGAAUUCAGCUGGUUUCCUGGAUACGAAUGGCACAUUAUUGUUUGUAAAAUGUGCAAUCGUCACAUUGGAUGGCAAUUCCGUGCUCAUGAAGAGAACUUAAGUCCAGUUCUGUUUUACGGAAUUACAGGGGCAAGUGUUAAGGUGUCGAAGAAAAAUGAGACAAGAACACUGCGAAAUAAUCUUUUUAGUAAUUUAUUUCAAUUAAUUGAUUUGUAGAAUGUAAGAAAAAUUAUAUACAAGUAUUUACGUACAUAAAUAAUAUAAUAAUUAUAAAUAAUA